ACACAGCAAAACGAACCGGGCAGUGGUUUCACGUUAGCUUGACCACAUGAGACCAUCUUUAUCGCUAAGUGACUUGGAGUCAAAGUGGCGACACAGUUAGCUGCUAACCCGAGUUUAGCUAGCGUGGUCACCUCAGAAUGUCGUCGCUUGGAGACUCCGGUGAAGUCCUGCAGCAGGUCUGCAGCUUGUGGUCCAUGAUGGAUGAUCUUUGCCAGAGUGACCCAGAAGGUUACCGAACAUUCAUCCAGCAGCAAGUGAAAGCUGGAGCCGAGCACAACUCUCCACCGGACGUCCACUGUCGACUUCGUACUUCAACUCUGGAACCAGAGGAAACUGCUCUCUACAUCAACAUAUGCAGCUGGAAACGUGUGCCGGCACGGCAGGAUCCCAGCAUGCCGCUGCCAGUGUGUGCUGGGAAACUGGAGAAAGAGUCGGAUGAAGAUGGGUGCUUCAUCUUGGACGUGGCAUUUAACCCCUGUGUGCUGCAGGAGUGUGAGAGGGACCAGGAGAAGAUGAAGCAGCUCUUCAUGCAGGUCAUGGGAUUCUUCCAGCAGCAGCAUGGAAUGAAGUUAUCUCCCCAGCACACCGUGGUGAACAGCUGCCCAAGAAGCUCAGUUGGUGAUCUGUACAGGCGGCUGGGGUUUCAGAAGAGCCCGAAAAGAACCGAUCUACUCAACACAGCCAGCCAGAAUCUAGCACCGAUAAUGCAGCAGCUUUCUCUCCACUCGCAAGGAGGCCGAGGCCCGGCAGCGCAGUUCAGCGGCGGACCGGCCAAGCCCGAAAAGACUGAUUUGAUCCAGGUCGUCUCCAGCACAUCUGCGCAGCCAGAGAAGCCAAGUCAUCGUUUUGAGGUGAAGACAGACGCCGCAGGUGCUGCCUCCAAAUUGGAAGUGACAGUGGAGCUGCCGAAGGUGUCUGCUGCGCUGGAUUGUCGGCUGGAAAUCUCACAUGAGGAACUCUUGCUGCAGGUGGAGGACGUCUACUAUUUACUGAUGGACUUCCCAAGAGCCGUGAAUGACAAAACGGCAGCUGCGGUCUUCGACAAACACACUCGGAAGCUCAUUUUGCAAGUGGAUCUGUUAUGAAAAGCCAGUUGGUCCCACGUUCAGACUCUGAAAACGGGCCAGAGCGGGUUCCAGUUUGAAACACGUGCAAACCCCAGGGAGUCACGAAUAAACAGAUAAACCCCUCACCCCUCCUGUAAUUAUUGAAUCUGUGUGGGCUGAGCAUCUGCAGUAAAUUCUGAUUUUAACCUGCGAGGAAAAAGAAGGGACAUUAAUGACAAUCUGUGGCCUUUGUUGAUUCAUUCGUGGGUGCGUGUGUGGAGGUGUGUAAUGGCUCCAAGCUGGCGUCCUGUGUAAUUAGCAUAGCAGGAGUAAUUGACAACAGAAUCGAUCCACGCGCUAAUAUAUGUUUAUUAAAACAUCAACAGCACAGGAAUCACUGUUUGGCAAUCUGGAACUUGUGUGAAACGUCAGUAAACAUUUUCGUCCGUACAGAUAAUGGCAUCGCACAGCAACAGCUUUGGAGUUUUUACGGAAUCAUCUUUCACAGUUACGACGAGCGAUGAGCAGCAAAAACGCCCGAGAAGCAUCCCUUACCAAAGUGAGAGAAGAAGCUUAAAUAAAAGUUCAGAACAAGGUCAGUUGGUCCCUGUUGGAUGUAAACGAAACACUCUCUCUGUGUCGCUUCCAUUUUUCUUAAUGUCCGACAUUUGAAAACGUGUUUACACGCGCUGUAUAUAAACAAACCUUUGCUGAGACUAUACAUCCUGGCAGAUGGCAGGGAAUGUUCAGAUGCUUAUGAAGAGGAAUGGACAUUGGACUGGUGUGUGUUCUGUGGUUAACUGUCUUACUACUCAUCAAAAGUGUUCUUGUGUGUGCGGGAAAUUAAAAGUCUUUGUAGCGCAUCCACUGUCAAAGCGACACUGAAGCUUUUUUACAUUCGCAAAUGAAGUACACAGGAUUAAAUACCUCAUGGUUCA